UUCUUUCUCACGAAUUCUAUAUACACCAACGGCAGCCAGAAACCCUGCCUUUCCCGCAGGGUGACUCUAGAUGGCGCUGUCGGCCCGCCUGCCAAAGGAAGGCACCGGCAGUGGCCAUAGAGCAAGACAAAGGCUAGAGCGACCGUACGUAGCACUCCAUUUCCGUCGGAAGUUCCGGCUGGUGGAGCGUCUUUCUGCCUGCGGCGGCACCGCUGCGGCCAUGAAGUCCGCCUUCGUCACCGUGGGCACAACCAGCUUCGACGAACUCAUCGCUGCCGUGACGGCCCCGGAGUCUCUGCAGGUUUUACAAAAUCUGGGUUACAACAAACUAGUCCUUCAGGUUGGCAGGGGAGCAGUAUGUCCAGAUUCAGUCAGCACAGCUACGUUUACCCUGGAUGUGUUCAGAUUCAAGAACUCGCUGUCGGAAGAUGUUCAGAAAGCAGACCUCGUCAUCAGUCACGCAGGUGCAGGAAGCUGCUUGGAGGUAUUGGAAGCCGGAAAACCAUUACUUGUGGUUGUGAACGACAAGCUGAUGGACAAUCACCAGUUAGAACUGGCCAGGCAGCUUUGCAGGGAUGGACAUCUCUUCUACUGCACGAGCAGGACCCUCGUGCAGACACUUCAAUCCAUGGACUUGACGAGCCUAAAGCGUUUUCCUCCUGGACAGCCAGAAAGAUUUGCUGCAUUCCUGGACAAACAGCAGCGGGCCACGACGACCAUGCAGAAGGGCUGGAAGAAGUACUUCGGCCAGAAGUCCCUCAGCGAGGUGACCAUGGACGAGUACCUGGGCAGCCUGGGGCUCUACCGCAAGCUCACCGCCAAGGACGCCACCUGCCUCUUUCGGGCCAUUUCCGAGCAGGUAUAUGCUUGCCAGAUUCAUCAUAUGUCAGUCAGAAAAGCUUGUGUUUCAUUCCUGAGGAAAAACCAGACUAACUUUGAGUCUUAUGUUGAAGGGUCAUUUGAAAAAUACUUGGAAAGGCUUGGAGACCCCAAGGAAAGUGCUGGACAACUAGAAAUCAGUGCCUUCUCAUUGAUCUAUAACCAAGACUUCAUUCUCUAUCGACACCCUGGCAAGCCACCGUCUUAUGCUACAGACAAUGGCUUUGAGGAUAAGAUUCUGCUGUGUGUCUCCAGUAAUGGCCAUUAUGAUUCUGUGUACACCAAACAAUUUCAGACAAACGCUGCAAUUUGCCAAGCUGUGUUAUAUGAGCUUCUGUACAGAAAUGUCUUCCAUGUUGACGAGGAGGAAUUGAGGACUGCCGUUGAGAUGUUCCGAAGCGGGGCCAAGAAAAACAGGAACAGUACGUCUGUUGGGAGUGAAGAUGCCAGUUUUGAUUGCAUUCCUGAGAGAUCAUCCAGAAAUUCACCAGAAAAGAGGGUGGACGAUUGGGAAAGCUAUGAGUCUGCCAACCCACCAGAGGAAAAAUGCAAGCAAGGCACUGAUGAGGCAAAGCCCCCAGAAAAUCCCAAGAUGCCCUUUCCUUAUAAAGUAUUAAAAGCACUGGACCCUGAGAUCUAUCGGAACAUAGAGUUUGAUGUGUGGUUGGACAGCAGAAAAGAACUUCAGAAAACAGACUACCUGGUGUAUGCUGGAAGACAAUACUAUUUAGGAGAUAAAUGUCAGGUCCGCCUGGAGACAGGGGGCAAAUACUACAAUGCUCACAUACAGGAUGUUGGGCAGGAUAACUUGGUAACUGUCUUCAUUGAAGAGUUGGCAGAAAAACAUGUGGUUCCACUGGUGAGUUUGAAACCUGUGACGCAGGUGACACCAGUUCCUGCUUGGAAUGUGGUCCCUAAUCGAAAAGGAGGGAACUAUCAGAAAAUAUCUGACCUGGAUAUAAAAUCACGGAAGAAACUAUUUAAAAAAGUCCGUGGAAAGGAAGUGUACAUGACCGUGGCAUAUAGCAGGGGCCAGCCAGCCCUUCCUCCCCGACUACAACACGGCAUUCCAUCAGGACGGUCUUCUCCAAUGCCUUGCUCCCAAAGUGGAGGGCAUAUAGGUCCUUAUGAACAUUAUCAUCCCCAUAAUUCUCAAAGGCCUGGAAGGGGAUAUGGGAUGCCCAGGGGUGCUGCUCGAUUUAUAAACAGAAAUAGCAUGGUUGGGCCUGAAAUGGCCUUCUAUCCCAGUCCUGGCAGAAGAUGUUAUCAGAGCUAUGAUAACUUCUCCUACAGAUCUCGUUCCUACAGCCGCAGUCGCAGGCAGAUGCAGUGUGUAAAUAAAGAGUGCCAGUAUGGAUUUGUGCCUGAGAAUGGCGAGGAGCCUCAGGGAUUGGAAGAAACGAUCACUUUCUAUGAAAUUGAAGAAGGGGACGAUGCAUCUUUUACUGCUUUACCUAACCAGGGUAACCCAGCUCCAAUAGUUCCUGCUGCUGCUGGAUUCUGGGUAGCCAGAAGAGGGCCAAGUCCCAUCCCAACUAACAACAAGCAAGCUCUGAAUUCCUCAGAGGAAGAAGUGGAUGAACCAAGUGACAAUGGGGAAUUCCAUGAAGAUUAUUUGUAUACCCCUUCAGAUCCAGACUGUGAAACUCCAGCAGUGUUUAGUACAGCUGAAUCUACUGCAAACUUGUGUCUGCAGGAUGGGGGAACAGGCUCUGUGUCUUCUCAAGAAGGAGUUGCUUCAUACAGUUACUCCCAGAAGGUAGUGGUGAAUUCUGCUGUCAUCUCCAACUCCACUUGCGUCAAUGCUGCCCCAGCCACCACCUUCUCCUCCAGCUCUGCUGCUGCCACUCAAGUCAGUGUCGCCCCAUCUGCUCCCCAGAAUGCUGUGCAGCCCAUCUUAAUGUCCCCCCCUUCUAUGGGCAGACCAGUUGUGGUUCCUUCGGUGCCAUACUCCUACCAGGUACCACCCCUUCCUUCGGUUGGUGAUGUGGGGGACACUGGCGGUGUGACUCCUCCUUACUCCUGUGAUCCUAGUGGCAGUGACCUGCCCAGAGAUCCAAAGAUCUUGCAGUAUUAUUUUAAUUUGGGUUUGCAGUACUAUCACCAGAGUUGUUGGAACCCUGUGAUGUAUGUGCAGCAGACACCAUCCUCUCCCCACAUGGAGGUUUACCAGGCAUACCCCGAGCCUGCCCCAGUAGUAGAUCAGUCAGUACCUCCAGUGUAUAGCCUUCCUGAAGCUGGAAGAAAUGAGAUGCGUCAAAUCCCUGGGGACCCCUCAACAAAUGGUGCCUUCCCCAUUUCAGAGCCAGCACCAGCUUCCCAUGGCAUGGUUUAUUACCCAGUUGUUACCGAUCCCUUCAGCCAGCCGCCUCUCCCUGGAUAUGAUGCCUGCGUUCCCUUAGUGCCUGCCUACCACUGUCUCAGCCCAUGGUAUCCAGUCAACCCACCCUAUGGGAAUUCUGCACGAAUCCACAAUGCUGUGAAUCCCGGUCACUUCCACCAGGUUGGCUACGUGGCUCCAUCAAAUCCCGCACCACACUAUGUGGCUCAGAGCAUGUAGUUCCAGGAGGACUGACUCACUAUGGCAUUCCUGUGUGUUUCUCUCUUCUUCCACCUCUCUGUCUUAUUGUUUCACUCACAAACAUAGUAGUGGUUGCUUUUUGUCUAUCUUUUCCUGUUUUCUACUAGAUGUUCAUUUGUAUUUAUGGUGAGGGGACAAUCUGUUGAACAUUUUAGCAACAUGUAUAUAGGGCACUGUAUCUUUAAGGAUAGGGAUGUACAUAAUCAGAUACUGCUAUAGCAAAAGAAAAACCAUGUGUGAAUAAGGGGAGGGUGCAUAUCAGGUGGUUUAAUGGUGUUUUCUGCAUUCUUUGUAAGUGCGAUGUAUGUAGGUGUUGGUUCAUCAUGAUGUGCUGUUCAAAACUAUCCUUCCCAGAUUGCUAUAGAUUCAGUGUGAUUCCGGUAUCUGGUCUCACCCCUGUUCCAUUUAAGAAAACAGGACGAAGGGAAGUUUGGUGCUUGCAAUUCUGAUGACAGUAACUGCUGCUACCUUACCACUUCCUAUCCAAAUGGUCUCCAAGCUGACAUGUUACCCUUUGGAAACUGCCUGAUGUGUACUGUCUGAUUGUAAUGUGGUCUAAGUCAGGGGUUCUCAAACCUGGGUCCCCAGAUCAUCUGGGGACCCAAAUUUGAGAAUUCCUGGUCUAAGGAUCUCUUUUUUUAAAGCUGGAGAUUUGUCCCAUGCUGCUCCCAGCUGUAAUAAUCUGUGUGAAAUUAAGUUUGUCAAAAUCACUCUUCACAAAUGGUUGUAAGGAUGACCAGGGUUUAACUUGGCACAAAGAACACUAAAUAUAAAAAGAAGCAAAAUGAAAAA